GUUUGUUGGUUUGUUUAUUUGGUCCUCGCACUGUUUCGUCUUCAGCUGGUGUGGCUUUGAAAAUCGGGUGUGCAUGUCACCGAUGACCUAAAUCUUCACCCGACCCACCUUCUCGUCUUGCCUUUCUAUUAAUUUUGUUUCCGCUGAUUUCACACGUCCUUUCGUUAACUUGCGGCAGAGAAGAGAACGGAGGGGCUGUGGAUUUGUCCAUGGCCAACGUGUCGCGCGUCUUUCAGACUUUCAUGGCGAGAGUGGUGUCUCUGGAAGAUAUGUCUAAGCUAAGCAGCCAAAUGCUGGCGGUCUUUCAGCAAGAGCUCGAAAUGUUUCGUAGAUCGCCACUAAAUAACUCAAGCGUGUUGAUACAAGUGCUGGCGAGUCAGGCCAGUGAGCGUCUAGUUGCGUAUCAGGAGGCAGGGUACCGUCAUUGUCACACCGAUCAUGCCGUGCUGGUGAAGUUGGACAAUGCGCUCAAGGGCCUUCAAAACCACGUCCAGCAAGCACGCGGAGUCAUGGAGGAGAUUCAAGGCUUGCUGGGAGAGGCUAAUGGAAUCAUGCACGAAGAUUUGAGUGCGCGCUUGAACAACGUUGCAUUGAUAGAUGGGGAGGGGAGCUCCGAACCUGCACAAGAAGAGGAUGUUGGACAAGGAGCUGGAUGCCAUGUACAAGUAACCUCCCUGAGAACCAAAGUACGUCAGCUAUUCACUCCAGACUACGUGACAACAAUGGCAGCCAUUUACACCAUGCUACAACAAGACUUCACCAUGCAGGAAAGGGUGGUGGGUACGCUCGGACUAGACUUGUCAUCCGAGCUUUUACAAAAUUAUCAAAUGAUGUGGACGCUGCGGCCCUUUGUGGAUGAAUCUGUUGUAGAAGAGGCCCUCAGUUGGACCAGACCAUUUUCGGGUUAGGAGGUGGGGAAGUUAGGUGGCGCCGAUUUGUGAUGUGUCAGGAAACUAAAGAAGCUGGUAGAACCAUGCUUCAACAACGAUCUCAACAGGGGAAAAAGAGAUUUCAGAUGUGCUGGUGGGAGGACCAUCAAUCUCUUGAAAUUUUGAUCUGUAGCUGUGACCGCAAACUCUCGAUCAAUUACAGCUGAAGAUGAAGAACCCUAGCACAUUGUCCAGCACCCUGGUUGGUUAUCUUUGAGAUUAGUGCAGCCGCUACUUAUGUUAGAUGUUUAAGUAGGUAACUUUCUUUCUCAUGUAAUUAGUAUAAAAGAGACUUUUUUGUGUGCUGUAGUGGCACCGACAUGAAAACUCUCAACUAAAAGAGGUGUUGUUUUGAUACCUCGUUCUGUUUGUUGGGCUAGAACCUCAUGUGUACACCGAUAUUGAUGCAACCUAUUUCUGCAACUAAAGCGGAUGUGCUUUGCCUGGCGAAUGCUUCAUCAGCCAUUAGGCGAAAACCUUAGCAUUUCA